AUUGCCAAUUGGUAAUCGGUGUUUAACACUUUAACGCAAUGGCAAUAUUACUAUAAAGUUUUACCGUUUUGUGUUUACACAGAUAUUUAUUGCUAUGUACAUAUUAUGUUAUUAUACAGGUAUCUUUCGUGUACCUAAACUCUAAAGUCUAACUUAAUCCUAACCUUAAGUGUAAUUAAUAAUUAUUCCCAAUUUAUGAUUUGUAACAAAAACUAAAAGUACAAUUGAACGGUUUUCCUCGAUUUUUAGUCAUACCUACUACACAUUUUAUACUUGUUAUAUACCUAGUGUACAUUCAUAAGUAUUUUGACAUGCCGCAACUAAUAUGGUUUUAAUUGUACCUGUUGAAUAGUGAAGUUGAGACGUAAGAAGUUGUCCAAUGUCUAGCGACAUGUCGUCGAAGGCGGAUGUUGAACCGUUAGAGGCAGCAGCAGCUGGAAAAGCGUUUCGAAUGAGUGAUGGCGAUUGGAUUUGUCCAAACACGCAAUGUGCAAAUAUUAAUUUUGCUCGUCGGUCACACUGCAAUCGUUGUAAUAAGGAACGAGAAGACUUGCCAUCCAAAAAGAAACCUGGAGCCGAAAUCGGUAAGGCAGCAGCUGAAAAAAGUAAAGGCUUAUUUUCUGCGGACGAUUGGCAGUGUAGCAAGUGUGGAAAUGUAAACUGGGCUCGUCGUUCUCAAUGUAACAUGUGUAAUGCACCUAAAUUGGCCGAUCCAGAAGAACGCACCGGUUAUGGUGGCGGUUACAACGAUCGAGGAGUUGUUGAAUAUGUAAAACGUGAUGAAUCUGAUGACGAAUAUGACGAAUUUGGCCGUAAAAAAAAGAAAAAGCACCACAGAAGUGGUUCUAUUAGCGAAGAUUCCAAUAGCCAAAAUGGAAAAGAUGAACUUUAUAAAGAAAAAAACAAACUAUGGUCGAAGUUAAACAAAGUAGUAGACGAAGAAGAAGAAGAAGAAGAAGAUGAUGAUGAUGACGAUGAUGAAGACGGAGAUCUUUCAAAAUAUGACUUGUCUGAAUGGGAUAAUUUAGCUGCCGAAGCCAAAAAAGAUAAGUCGAGAUCAAGAUCCAGGUCCAGGUCCCCUAUUAAAAAUCGUUAAUUAAACAUUAUGUCAGGUACAGUCCAGGUUUGAUAUUUUCCAACUAAAUAUCAAAUACCAAAUAAUAAAUAUUUUGGUUUAGCAAUUAGUUUAUUUAUAUUUCAUAACGCGUUAUUUAUUUUAUUCACUGUAUUUUUUUUUUUUUUUUUUGUUCAAUCUUUCAUAGUUGUAUUUACAUUUAAUAAAUUUACUGCUGUAAAAAAAAAAUAUAUAUAUAUAUAUAUACAUAAAUUAGUCAUUUCACUAUUUAAGAUAGAUAUUAAAUUUAAGCCUUUUUCCAAUUAACAUGUACUCGACUUUUGUCUUUGCAAAAUGUCACUCGAGUUACUUGUAUUAUUAUUAUCCCUAUAUAUUAAACAUUUCUGUUUGCUGUGUUAUUGUAAGCUGCAGACUUCAUUGAGUAAUAGUGUUUUCACAUAAAGACAGAAAAUAAUCCAACAAAGAUAAGACUAAUAGUUUUAAUAACAGUAACUAAUAAGAAAGAGUUAUGUACGUUUUAAAUAUAAUUAAUUUUGAUUAUUAAUAAAAUUGUUUUUAAAUUAUAA